CAUCCAUUAAACUUUUGACACAACACAAGCCAUGUUCUUCGACAUUCGAAAUGAUAAAUAUGAACCCAACUUCAGAUUUCAAUUCUCCAUUUUUAAUGUAAAAACACAAAGCCUACUAAGCUGCACAUUUCCCAAUUCACACUUUUAAAUAUCUGCUACUUCUUUUGCUUCAAAACUCAAGACAUUCCACUUCAGCCAAGUUCUCCAUAUUGCACUUAAAAUUUUCAAGAUCCAAGUCAUUCAUGAUAUUGGAGUUUCAAGGAAGACUGUUCUUUGUUAAUGUAUCAUAAGAACUAAAUGGGAAAUACUCGGUUUCUUCCCUUCUACAUAACCAUAUGUGUUUCAGCUUUUGCUAUAUCGAAGAUUGUUAUGGCAGUCCUAUGUUAUCGCCGAUGGAAAAGAAAACAAAUGGUUGUUCAAAACAGCUUUACAGGUGGGAAACUAGUAAUGUUUAAAUCACAAAAGAUAAAAUCUUUGGAGUCGAAUACGUUUUUGAGGAAGACGAUGAAACUUAGCAACAAGGAUAUUAUAGGAUCAGGAGGCUACGGGACAGUUUACAAGCUGACAGUAGAUGAGUCAAUAUCUUUUGCUGUUAAAAGACUGAGCAGAGGAAGUCAAGAGCAAGAUCGCGGUUUUGAGAGAGAAUUGGAGGCGAUGGGGGACAUAAAGCAUAGAAAUAUAGUUACUCUUUAUGGAUACUACACUGCUCCUCAAUACAAUCUUCUCAUAUAUGAGCUAAUGCCUAAUGGCAGUCUCGACUCGCUACUCCAUGGAAAGUCUCUAAACAGGAUGGUUCUAGAUUGGCCUUCAAGAUACAAAAUAGCAGUUGGAGCUGCAAGAGGGAUAUCCUACCUCCACCAUGAUUGCAUCCCUCACAUAAUACACAGAGAUAUUAAGUCAAGCAAUAUAUUGCUGGAUCAAAACUUGGAGGCUCAAGUAUCUGAUUUCGGAUUAGCUACUUUAAUGUUGCCAGAUAAAACUCAUGUUUCAACUUUAGUUGCUGGAACUUUUGGAUACCUGGCUCCUGAGUAUUUUGAUACGGGGAAAGCGACAGCAAAAGGGGAUGUCUAUAGCUUUGGGGUUGUGUUACUUGAGCUACUAACAGGGAAAAAGCCAACAGAUGAAGCAUUUAUUGAGGAGGGAACUAAGCUUGUGACCUGGGUGAAGACAGUUGUCCAAGAAAAGCAAGAAGAGCAUGCACUAGACAGUAGUUUAGAAGAUUUCCCCGUUGAUGAAGUUAAUGGUGUAUUCAGUAUAGCACUAAUGUGCCUUGAGCCAGAACCAUACAAAAGACCUACCAUGGCAGAGGUUCUCAAGAUGCUAGAGAAGGUAAAAGCGGAUGGAUUUGUAUCGGGAAUGUGAAACUACAUUUGAACUUCUUCACAAUAUGCAGAAUAUACGUAUUGAUUAAACCAAUAAAUACCCCUUUUUUUCUAGGCACACCAAAACUCAAUCUACUCAACAUUACAAAAUUCAACUAAUGGAUACUGAAAAAAAAAAAAAUAUAUAUAUAUAUAUACCCU